AUGACAGAAACAGUAACUUUUAGAAACACUUCCUCAAAAACAGUGAUUCCUGACAAGCUGUUCAAAUAUACGUCGGGUCGAUGGUUGGUCAAUGAAGAACACCAACUCGCACAGCAUUUUGUUAAGUUCGACGUUGACAAACUCUGUUAUAUGGCUGCAUCUCUCUUCAGUAAAGAGGCUAGAUGUGUGUGUAUUGGCAAGGUGGAAGGAAACUACAAUCAAGCUUUUCUCCUUACAAUGGAUGAUGGGAAUGAAGUCAUAGCCAAAAUACCUUGCCCCAAUGCUGGGCCUCCAUUAUACACUACGGCUUCCGAGGUUGCGACUUUAAAAUUUUUGCGAUCACAUACAACUCUUCACAUCCUGGCAGUCCUUGCUUGGAGCUUGAAGUCGGAUAAUCACGUAGGUGCAGAGUAUAUCAUCAUGGAAAAAAUCUCUGGGGUGCCCUUGGCUGAAAUACGGGAGACAAUGAGUCCCUUAGAACGCUACAAAGUGAUUGAUCAGAUUGUCGAUAUGGAAAAGGAACUUGAGAGCUUGGAAUUUCCAGCAUACGGGAGCAUCUAUUUGCGAGAUAAGGGGUUCGAUGAGUUCCAAAGCUGCCCUCUUCCUUCCGUUCGUGAUCCCGCCGAGUUGUUUUGCGUUGGUCCAUCUUGUAAUUGA